AUGUGGCUUUACGCGAGCUCAUCUAAACGCGCCGCCAAACCCUCUACCUCAACCUCAACCUCAACCCAUCGGGCCUCGUCGUCCACCGCCCGCCCAACAUCUCCCGGCUCGACCCUCUCCGAAGUGCUGCGCAAGAACCCAUUCAGAGCAGGCUCCAAGGAGUCUCUCACAGGAGCCGGGGAGGAAGAUGUGUCGGCCUCUUUGAACAAGGACUUGUUAAUCCUGGCCGAGUUCUUCCCGGAUGUCAAAGUCGAAGUUCUCCGCGAACUUUUGGCGCGGUUCGAUGGCGACAGCAGGUUGCCGAUAUGUAUCGAACAGCUGUACAAGUACAAGGCCGAAUGGGCUAAGGGUCGCUUUCACGUACCGCCGAGAGAGAUAGACGAACCAAUUUCGGCAGAGGAUCUGUUCAGGGCGAGAGACUACAUUGAUGCGGUCAAGUGGGCGGUCGGGCGCGAGUUCAACGCACUGAGCAAGAGCGCCGUCGACGCGGUUCUCGCGGAAGUCAAUUUCUCCUACACUCAUGCUCGACCAAUCCUCCAGGGACUAGCGAGCAAGUCCUGGAAGGUCGCAUUCACGAGCAUAUUCAGGAAGAAGAGGGCUCAGGACGAGACGCCAUUUUCACUGUUGGACAAGACUAGAGCAGACCCCGGUGGACCGCGGUUGAUCGCUUCAGGCUCUCAAGAACUUGACAGCGAACUGUCCGCGCUGUUCAUGCAUCCUGUCCGGGCGCAGGGAUCGAAGGAUCAAGAGACCAUCGACUUUGAACUGGCGCAGACGCUCAAUCUACAAGAAGCCGAGGAAGCCGGGGCGCUGUUCGAGUGUCAGGUCUGUUACAACGACAUCCCCUUUGAAGAUGCCACCGUAUGUACUCAGUCAGAGCAUACAAUUUGCCUCGACUGCGUCCGGCGAACCCUGCACGAGGCCUUGUUUGGACAAGGCUGGGCGAAAUCGGUUGACAUGGAACAUGGCACCUUGAAAUGCCUUACCACCGACACCUGUGAUGGCCGCAUCUCCCAGGAGCUCGCCCGGCAAGCAGUAUUCCGUGAGAAGUCGGGGGCGGAGACAUGGGCGCAAUUCGAAGACCGGCUGGCGCAAUACAACCUACAACAGUCAGGCCUACCGAUCCACCAUUGCCCGUUUUGCUCCUACGCCGAAGCCGAGCAGGUCUACAACCGCGACUCAGCGGCGGACAAGUUGAUCUGGCGCGUGCGUAAGCCGACGGGCAUCGACACAUUCACGUUGCUCCUGCUCCUCGAACUGCUUCCCAGUCUGAUUUUCGUGCUGAUUCCGUUCAUGAUCCUCUUCCCCGGCUACUUCAUCGCAACCUUCCACACCGCAUUGGCACACCUGGCGCUCGAGAAACGUACGACGCGCUUCGUAUGCCGGAGGCCGGGAUGCUCGCGGAAAUCGUGCCUCAAGUGUCUCAAGGCAUGGCAUAACCCGCACGUCUGCCACGAGCCGCUGAUCGUGUCGCUACGCACGACGGUCGAAGCGGCGCGCACCGCGGCCGUCAAGCGCACCUGUCCACGCUGCGGGACCAGCUUCGUCAAGUCGUCGGGCUGCAACAAGCUGACCUGCGUCUGCGGCUACAGCAUGUGCUACCUGUGCCGCAAGAACAUCGGCAAAGCCGGCUCCUCGUCCAACUUCGAAGGUGGCGGCGAAGGAUACCGCCAUUUCUGCGAGCACUUCCGCCCCACCGCCGGGACCAAGUGCACCGAGUGCGACAAGUGCGAUCUGUACCGUGCCGAAGACGAGGAUGCUGAGGUCCGGCGUGCCGGCGAAGAGGCCGAGCGCCUCUGGAGGGAGAGGGAGGGCAUGGUCGGGGUCAAGGGCCUGGAAGAUGCCGUCGGAAACGUCGCCGGCGAAGACACCCUGUGGAGACGCUUCUGGGACGGCCGGUGGACGGUGCAAGGCGUGGUGGAUGCCGUCGUCGAGCGCUGUGUCGUCGUUGAAAUUGACUGA